UUAUGUGUGUGUGUUUAUUGUUACGACUCGCGGUCAAUAGGCCUUUAUGCACUUUCCAGCUCUUUCAUACGUGCAUGAACAUGCCAUUGAUAGUUUUAUUAAACUUAAUUUCUUGAUAGAGGGGCUUUAAAGUUUAAAUGAUCAAGUAGUGUGCAAAUAAGGCAUUCACAACCACUUUUUGGGAACUUGGAACAAAGACUGCAUGAGCAUGGGGAUUAAGUACUGUCUUCUGGUUGCAAUCUGUAUAUGGGCUUUGUCAGACUCCUUGGCUUCCACAACUCCCUCUGCUGAUGAUGGGCUUGUUAGAAUUGCUCUAAAGAAGCGCUCUUUAGACCUUAAAAGUCUAAAAGCUGCAAGAAUAAUCCCCAAUAGAGAUGCUUCUCAUGCUAGAGGUCUUGGGGAUACUAUUAGUAAUUCAAAUGUUCUCAAAACAGAUAUAAUAUAUCUAAAGAAUUAUUAUGAUGCCCAGUAUUAUGGAGAGAUUGGUAUUGGUACUCCCCGCCAAAUAUUUACUGUUGUCUUUGAUACUGGCAGCUCCAAUCUUUGGGUUCCCUCUUCAAAAUGCGUCUUGUCUAUUGCUUGCUAUAUCCAUUCUAAGUACAGGGCCAGGCUAUCCCGUACCUAUACCAAAAUCGGAAAACAUUGCAAAAUCCCUUAUGGUUCUGGAUCUGUUUUUGGUUUCUUCAGCCAAGAUCAUGUCAGAGUUGGGGACUUUGUCAUUAAAGAUCAAGAAUUUGUAGAGGUUACUCGGGAAGGAUUUUUUCCAUUCGUAACAACAGAGUAUGAUGGAGUGCUUGGGCUUGGGUUUCAGGAUAUUUCCGUGGGGCAUGUCACGCCAGUGUGGUAUGAUAUGUUUUUCCAACAUCAUAUAAGCCAGCAAAUAUUCUCUUUCUGGCUAAAUCGAGAUCCAACAUCAAGGUUGGGAGGUGAGAUUGUCUUUGGGGGUAUCGAUUGGAGGCACUUUAGGGGUGACCACACUUAUGUCCCAUUGACACACCAGGAUUACUGGCAGAUUGAGGUGGGAGACAUUCUCAUUGCAAACAGACCAACAGGAUUAUGCGAGUUUGGCUGUGCUGCCAUUGUGGACUCAGGGACAUCCUUACUUGCUGGUCCAACUACCAUUGUGGCUCAAAUAAAUCAUGCCAUUGGAGCAGCAGGGAUUGUGAGUAUAGAAUGUAAAACUGUCAUGUAUAAGUAUGGCAGUAUGAUAUGGGAAUACCUAAUAGAAGGGGUAAGACCUGAGACAGUAUGCGUAGGUGUUGGACUCUGCAAUGGCACUCAUCAUUUAAGCACUGGGAUUGCAUCAAUGGUUUAUAAUGAAACUCAGGCAUCAGUUGAUGAUCAUGAGAGUGCUCUCUGUACUUUUUGUGGGAUGAUUGUCUACUGGAUUCAAGUACAGCUUAAGGAAAGGAGAACAAAGGAAAAAGUAUUUACAUAUGUAAAUGAGCUGUGUGAGAGGCUCCCGAAUCCAAUAGGAAAGUCAUUUAUUGACUGCGAUAAUAUAGCUGGCAUGCCAUAUAUUUCAUUCACAAUUGGGAACAAAUCCUUCCCUCUCUCUCCAGAGCAGUACACGCUCAGAGUUGAAGAAAAUUAUGGCACUGUCUGCGUUAGUGGGUUUGGUGCUUUGGAUGUUCCUCCUCCUCAAGGACCCCUCUGGGUUCUUGGAGAUUUGUUCCUGGGAGCAUACCACACAGUGUUUGAUUUUGGUAAUCUCAGGGUGGGAUUUGCCAAAGCUGCAUAGAAGAUUGUUUUUAUGGUGUUAAAGCUAAGCCAGGCUAUGGUAAAGCAAUGAUAGGGGUACAUGACCCUUUCAAUAUGUAACAUGCCCUUUUGACUUCCAAAUUCCAAUGCUUUAGAGCUUUGUGUAAAGGUAAUUGGUGUGUUUAUAAAUAAAUGUGACAUCAUUCGGUUUAGCAUUAGAUGAUAGCAAAAAGAAAUGUUACUUCUGUGGUCAUAUAUGAUAAGAAAAGUUUUAGUAUA